AUGACUAGUGUUAUUCUAUGCAGCAAUAGUGUGGUUGGUCGUAACAGUGUGGUUAGUCGUAAUAGUGUGGUUAGUCGUAAUAGUGUGGUUGGUCGUAAUAGUGUGGUUAGUCAUAAUAGUGUGGUUGGUCGUAAUAGUGUGGUUGGUCAUAAUAGUGUGGUUGGUCAUAAUAGUGUGGUUGGUCGUAAUAGUGUGGUUAGUCGCAAUAGUGUGGUUGCUCGUAUUAGUAUGGUUGGUCGUAUUAGUGUGGUUGGUCGUAUUAGUGUGCUUGGUCAUAAUAGUGUGGUUGGUCAUAAUAGUGUGGUUGGCCGUAUUAGUGUGGUUGGUCAUAAUAGUGUGGUUGCUCGUAUUAGUGUGGUUAGUCGUAAUAGUGUGGUUAGUCGUAAUAGUGUGGUUAGUCGUAAUAGUGUGGUUAGUCAUAAUAGUGUGGUUAGUCAUAAUAGUGUGGCUGGUCGUAAUAGUGUGGUUGGUCGUAAUAGUGUGGUUAGUCAUAAUACUGUGGUUAGUCAUAAUAGUGUGGUUGGUCGUAAUAGUGUGGUUGGUCAUAAUAGUGUGGUUGGUCGUAAUAGUGUGGUUGGUCGUAAUAGUGUGGUUGGUCAUAAUAGUGUGGUUGGUCGUAAUAGUGUGGUUGGUCAUAAUAGUGUGGUUGGUCGUAAUAGUGUGGUUAGUCGCAAUAGUGUGGUUGCUCGUAUUAGUAUGGUUGGUCGUAUUAGUGUGGUUGGUCAUAAUAGUGUGGUUGGUCGUAUUAGUGUGGUUGGUCGUAUUAGUGUGCUUGGUCAUAAUAGUGUGGUUGGUCAUAAUAGUGUGGUUGGCCGUAUUAGUGUGGUUGGUCAUAAUAGUGUGGUUGGUUGUAAUAGUGUGGUUGGCCGUAUUAGUGUGGUUGGUCAUAAUAGUGUGGUUGCUCGUAUUAGUAUGGUUGGUCAUAAUAGUGUGUAUGGUCGUAAUAGUGUGGUUGGUCGUAAUAGUGUGGUUGGUCGUAAUAGUGUGGUUAGUCGUAAUAGUGUGGUUAGUCGUAAUAGUGUGGUUUGUCGUAAGUGUGGUUGGUCGUAA